AGGGCCUUGGGGCUCAAGCUGCUGGUCGUUUGCGAACAUGAAAUAUCUCCGAGGCAUGGAGCUUGCGAAUCUUCUUUCGCUGGCCGCCCUGGUCAGCGGGGUCCGCAUCGAGGAUGGCAUCGGCCAACUGCAGGCUGCCAAGCAAGACCGGGAGCCGAUGCCGCUCCACACGGCCGCCUUCUUCGGGGACGUCAAAGCGGCGGAGCGGGCCUUGGCUGCGGGCGCCGACAAGGACGAGUUGGGCAACAACCGCUGGACGCCGCUGCACUUCGCUGCCAGCGGGAGCCCAGAGGUGGUGAAGCUGCUCCUUGCCCACGGCGCCGACAAGGAUAAAUUAGACUACACUGGCAAGACGCCGCUGGAUCUCGCGAAAGCGAGGAUAUUCGAGACAAGCCACCGGGAGGUGGUCACACUCUUGAAGGCUGCUGGCGCAAAGACCGGGGAAGAGGUGAAGGCGGGCAGCCUGGGCUCUUCGGCUUUGGCACCGAAGAACCUGCCCGGGGUUGGGCCUUGCAUGUUUCAACAGUCCACUGUUUGACCGACCUUUGGGUUUCCCUUCGAAUGCAAUGUGGUUCACCUCGGGCCCGCGGCUCGGCGCUUUGGUGAAGGAUUUGGGUGCCGGGAUGCGGGCCUUGUGGGCCGCAACCCUCCUCGAUCUCACAAAGAAACCCAAAGUGGGCAAUUCUUGCAGAUAAAGCCCGGCCGAGCAAGACGCA